AGAAGUUUCCAGGUAGUCCUAUUUUUAAUCUCACUCUUCAACCAUCCUUACCAAACACAUCCAACAAAAUAUUUUGAAUACAACCUAAAAACACAAGCCGCCAGCUAAAUCACACCGUUUCAAUUUCAAAACAUUCAAGUUUCAACUCUUCCUUAAUUUUCCCUUUUAAUUCUUCUCCUUUUUUGUUCUUUUCCCUUCAAUCUUCAACCUCAAUUCCGUCUUUUAAGAUAUCUCGAUCUCUGGUUUCAUCCAAAUCUAAACUCAUCCCUUUUUCCCAGGAAAAAAAAACCAGAGAUCGAAGCAUAUCAUGCUCCAAUCCUAAAACAUCAUCAAUAAUCAGUAAAAAAUCAUGAUGGAUAAAGGAGCACUAUUUGGAAAAUACGAGGUAGGACGCCUUCUUGGUUGUGGCGCCUUUGCUAAAGUUUACUAUGCGAGAAACAUCAAAAAUGGCCAAGGUGUCGCCAUUAAAGUCAUCAACAAGAAAAAAAUUGUGGGUACAAAUCUUAUGUCUAAUAUCAAAAGAGAAAUCUCCAUUUUAGGCCGUCUUCGACAUCCCAAUAUUGUUCGAUUGUAUGAAGUAUUAGCUUGUAAGACGAAGAUUUACUUUGUUAUGGAGUUUGCUAAAGGCGGUGAACUCUUUGCUAAGGUGGCUAAAGGCCGUUUUAGCGAAGAACUUAGCCGGAAGUAUUUUCAGCAGCUAAUUUCUGCUGUUGGGUACUGUCAUUCUAGGGGUGUUUAUCAUCGAGAUUUGAAACCAGAAAAUUUGUUGGUCGAUGAAAAUGGUAAUCUGAAAGUUACUGAUUUCGGUCUUAGUGCUGUAAAUGAUCAGAUCCGACCCGAUGAUGGGUUGCUUCAUACGUUAUGUGGUACUCCUGCUUAUGUUGCUCCUGAGAUUUUGACUAAGAAAGGGUAUGAUGGUGCUAAGAUUGAUGUUUGGUCAUGUGGGAUUAUAUUGUAUGUUCUUACAGCUGGGUAUUUACCUUUUAAUGAUCCCAAUUUAAUGGCUAUGUAUAAGAAGAUCUAUAAAGGUGAAUUCAAAUGUCCCAAAUGGAUGUCAUCGGAUCUUAAACGGUUCCUGGGUCGUCUACUAGAUACCAACCCAAAAACCCGGAUCACCAUUGAUGAAAUCAUUCGUGAUCCAUGGUUUAAGAAGGGCGGUUUGUUCAAAGAAAAAGGCCCUGAAUUCGAAUUCUCAUUCUAUCAUGAUUGUUACUGUGAAGGCAUGGAUGAUAAAUUCUACUUUGUAAAACCUGAUCAUGAUGAGGAAGAUGAAGCAAGCAGUAGUAGUUCAUCAUUAAAUGCUUUCGAUUUGAUCGCGUUCAGUUCAGGACUCGAUUUAUCAGGUCUGUUUAAUGGAUCCUUAAACCCCAUUGUUGAUGGUGAGAAGUUUAUAUCUGCAUCACCAGCAGAUAAAAUCAUUGAAUCCAUAACUGAAGCUGCUAAUUCAGCCGAUGUGAAGGUGUGUAAGAGGAAGGAAUUUAUCGUAGAUUUGGAAGGCCCAAAUGGGAAUUUUGUUGCUAGAGUGGAGAUCAACCAGCUUACUGAUGAUCUGGUUGUUGUUGAGGUGAAGAAGAAAGGUGGAGAUUCUGAUCAUUACAAUAACAUUUGGAAGAAGAAACUAAAGCCCAAACUUGCUGAUUUAGUUUAUGAUUCUGAAUUACAUCCUGCAGGAGAAAUUGGUGCACCAGAGAAUUCUUCUGAUCAGGUUUCUGUUGAGUAAUUGACAGUAAUUAAUCUGGUAUAAUACAUAUACGUUAUAUUUAUGGAGUUCUUUCUAAAUUGCAAUCUUAAUUUGAGUGUUAUGGUAGUUUUAACUACUGCUGCAGAUGCUGGUUGGAUCUUGGAUGGUCUAUGAUCAUUAUGCUGUCGAAAAUCGGAUUUUCGAAAUUCUUUGUGCCUAUGUCACAUGAUUCGCUAAUCUUCUCGCGAAAUCAGAAAUCGGGAAAAAUGUAUUAUGGUCGGUUUUGGGUUAUUCUUGGCAAAUUUGAGCUAAUAGCGAAUUCUACCAUAUGUUACACUGUG